ACGGGAGGAAGAAAAAAGAGCAAGUGCAAUUGUGUAACAACAUUUCUAGUCCGUUGCCUCGUGAAAUCUGUGUCUAAUUUCGAUUAGGCGACGCUGAGCACCAAACUCUCCGGUUCGGUUUGUGCCGCGACAGAAAACAGGUGAAAGAGCGCGCAUACGGUGGACUCGCAAUUCACCCGCGUUGACCGUUGUUCGACUCGUCAAGCGAUGGAAACGAUCGUUUUCGUACGUCUGUCGGUCGUGUCGUGCGCUACGAAACGCGAGUGUUCAAGGUCGUCGUUGAUAUCCCACCGGUAACCCGCUUCCGGGACGAAGAAGAGGACACGACAGGACGUGUUGCCAGCCGAUUUCAAUAGAUAGAAACCGAGCCCGUUUUCUCGAUCCUUUAAGAUCGGCGUGCCCGCUCGCUUCUACCACACGCCGCCGCCGCCGCCGCCGCCGCUACAAAAGUUUCGUAAAACGGAUUACAAAACCAGAAGAGAAAGGAGACAGAGAAAGGGAGAGGCAGAGAGGAAGAAGAGAAGGAGAGAGAUAGAGAUAGAAACAGAGAGAUAGAUAGAUAGAUAGAGAGAGAAAGAAAGAAACAGCGGUGAUCCGCCGCGGCGCAGGAAAUUGUAAGGCAACGAUACGCAGUGGAGAUACGGUGUUCGAGCACGAGUUUCUGGAUCGUCUCCGAGGGGGCGAACGACGACGAAGCGGCCGGCGCAAGUGCCCGGUGCCGUGAAAGAAGAAGUGCUCGUCGGUGCUCGGCGUGAUCGGGUGAAAGAGGAAAAGGAGACGGAGACGAUCGUCUCUCUGCCGAGGACAGACCGGCAACAGUAGCAGGAGGAGAGACAAGUUUGAAAGACGAUCCGGAUGUGGCUGAAUCCACUCGUUAUCUUUUCUCAGCCCUGACGCGGAGACCGCGUCCACUUUUCUAAUCUUUCUACGACACACGCUCGCUCGCUCUCUCUCUCUCUCUCUCUCUGGUUGAGACCCUUGCGGAAGGAUUUCCUCCGAUUGUCUCUCUUUCUCUGCGCUUUCAUCAAACAAAUCACCGCCGGCGAUCCCUUGCUCGACUGUUCGUCGCUCUUUUACAAUAAGAUCUCUGGAGAGCUGGUGCACGCUGCCGAGAGCGGAGACACGCGGCCGAGCGGAAUUAAAAGUGCGCUUAAAAAGGUUAGCGGGAUAAAAAAAGGCGCGCGCGCGAAAGGAUAAGAGAAAGGAAUAGGAGCUACCUCCGAGUCCUUGAGAGUACCCAACGGGUAAAAGUGCCGCGCUCGGAGCCAGCCGGUUGACCCUGGACAGCCAACGGAGCAGACCCCGUUGGAAAAAAGUUCUCCACGUCGUCGUCGUCGUCGUCGUCGUCGUCGUCGUCGUCGUCGUCGUCGUCGUCGUCGUCGUUAUCGUCACCGUCGUUGUUACUGUGAUCCUAGUUAUUGUGUGUCGACACAUUGUCCUUCUGUCUUAGGGUGUUGUGCGACGUAUCAUCGACGUAUCACCGGAUUACGCUUACCCGAUGGGAUCACGUGCGACAUCCUGUGACACGUGUGAAAUUAAGAAGAGCCGCGCUCAGUUUGAAUACCACUGCUGAUUUCUUUUGCGAAUUAGUUGCAAAUUACACGAAAACUACGACAACAUUGUCAACCAGAUAUACCAGAUAUCGAUGAUUUACAAGGAUCGGCUCGAAUCGAUUUACCUCGUUUACUCACGUAUCGUGACUGCGUGGACGUGUUCAUCGGUGUGAAGUGAUUCAGUGCCAAUACGAUAUUGUCAUAUUUUGGUUGAUGCUCGAACCGUUUCAUCCGCGUUUCCGUACGACGUGCCGCGAUCUGUUUCUCGUGCCGGUAGUGAUACAUGCUCCGGUAUAUCAAUGUAUGUCACGUGUCUGUACCGUCGUCCUCGUCGCCGCUAUCACGGGAUUUCGGGUCGUCGGCUCGUGGAGAUGCUUCGUGACUCUUCGAGAGAGUCUUAAGGGAAACACCGUUGUUCGCCGACACGCUUUCUUUGGAUACCAUCGACGUUGGAUAAAAUACGGACGAUUAAAACGACAAGACGAUGUAUACUGACGGUCUCCUGACGCUCCAUUAUGGGAAGCAUCCAGCGACCUUGGCCGCGGAGGUCGGAGCCUGGUACACCGGGGACCGUCACGUGGACGUGACGUUAGCCUGCGACGACGGAUCGGUCGUCAAGGCCCAUCGGGUAGUUUUGGCCGCAGCUAGUCCCCUUUUGGCUAGUCUCCUUCGUAACCCGGCGCUGGACCACGUGGUCCACUUGUCCGGAGUCCGAAAGACCCAGCUCACUCAUCUGCUGGAAUUCCUCUACAACGGAGAAGCUCUCAUUCCAUCGACGGAACUCACGCCGCUAAGGGAACUGUUCGAGCUUCUUCAAAUCAAGUCGGAGCUGUUCGAGCCGAAUCAACCACAGACUUCUAGCAACUCCGACCCCGAAAGGAUACCCACCCCUCAGCCCUCCGAGGGCCAGGAAAGUUCUAGCUACGAGUCACAGUACGAUGGCAGGCAGUCGAAUAAUCCGGCGGACUGUUGCUCGGUACUAAUAAAGACCGAGGGAUGCGAAGAGGAACCAGAAGUAGACGUGGAAGGCGUCGAGGGUGAAGCACUUCUCACGGAGAAUAGAGAAAGCAGUAUAGAACCGCCUCGACGGAGGGAUAGCUCCGAUCCCGUCAACUUAAGUUUAAAUUCUGGGACUUCCACUACUAGCGAAAGUUCGCACGAUAUCGUACCUAGGCCAGAGAAGCAGUUAUUGGAGAGGCGAGAAUCUCUAGAAGAAGCGGAAGAGAGAAGGAGGCAAUUAGCGGCUCGACUCGCGUUAGGCUUAGAACCGGGUAAACGAAAACCCGAGGAAAUACCUAUCCCACCUGCGGAGGCGUACAUCGUGACGCCUCAUCGGAAACGAAGGCCAGGCUUUCACAAUGCACCCGCACAGAAUCCAGCCUUUGUACCGUUUAAUCCUGGAUUCGAGACGCCGAGGAGGUUGCAAGCGCCACAUCCUCUCAGCGUUUCGGCACCUCCGUACCUGCAGGACAGAUCAGUGACACCGCCAGGAGCGUCACACAGGCCACCAAGCGCAGAUCCAGCAUCGGCGGCGGGCUUGGAGCCACCUUGGGGCUCCUGGGCUCUGCCACCAGCCAGGGCGCCUCCACCACCGCCAACGGACGACCCGCCAAAGUCUACCCCCGUUCGCGAGUAUCGGUGCAGCUACUGUGGCAAACAGUUCGGCAUGUCGUGGAACUUGAAGACGCAUUUGAGAGUGCAUACCGGUGAAAAGCCGUUCGCGUGUAGACUUUGCGUGGCUAUGUUCAAGCAGAAGGCUCACCUGUUGAAGCACCUUUGCUCGGUACACCGAGGCGUGAUAGCCGCCCCCGACAAUACUUUUACUUGUUGCUUCUGUUCGUUAAGUUUCGAUAGUCUACAAGAAUUGAUCAGGCAUCUGUCCGGGCCGCACAACAACUUGCUGCUCAGCAAGAACCUGCACGACUAGCGACACGGAUAAAGGCGAAUCCGGUGCUGAAUCGCGUCACCCCCCCUCCCCGCGACGAAUUUCAUUCGUGCCUCCUGCAAAUCGAUGUGUUCAGAUCAAAGAGACAGGUCGGAGUGCCGCAUGAAAUUUCUUUCUCAGUAUUCGAACUUUCGAUUCAGCAUCAUCCUCCACCGGGAAUUGCUCUCGACCGGGAACUUUUGAUCUGAAUAUUGAUCUCGGGACGAUGAACGUUGUUACAUUUGAUAAAAGAGAAAAUUCAAUACUUUUAUAAUCAUCGUGUUAUGUUACGACGACUGAAGAAACGCAUGUUCGAAUAAUUCUCUGGUGGCACGAGCGAAAUUUUUGGUUACACCAAGUAUGAAUCAUUUUCAGAAAAUGCAAGUACAACGUACAUUGAUCUUACAUUGUACAUUAAAUUUAAAUAUCGCAAGUGCUUUUCUACAAAAUUGUGCCUCGUUGCUCGUCCGUCAGAAAGUUAUUAUCUCGUAAAAUUUCAGACAACAACAGAGUCCCGCAUAAAGUAUUAAAGAAUCUUCGCGAAGCUUUCCUUUCUUACAAAAAGUUCAACGGCACGGAGCACCGGGUGAGCCUUCCGAAAGCGUUACGUCGUUUUCGCGUCCUCGUUGAAAUUGUGAAGAUGUUCGAGAAACGACGCGACAAUCGACUACCUGUUUUAUUAUUAUAAGCGAUGACCAGUAACUUUGACCAAAUGACGUAUUUCCGACGAAUGGCGUGUUGGUGUGUCGGGUAUGUUGACGGUCUCUGUCGGGGAACGUUAAGAAAGUCGAAACGAGAGUGUAAGAGAUAAAGCAAAGAAAAUAUAUAGAAAUAUAUAUAUAUAUAUAAACGAAGAGGCGAGAGUCAAUUAUCGUUGUCACGCGUCGAGAAUUUCGAUUCACUCACUCUGUGAACUCGACACGCAUCUCGUUGCGUCUUGAUUAAAUUGAUUAAAAAAAGAAAAAAGAAACAAGAAGAAA